AUGUGGCGUCAAGGGGAAGUCCCGCAUGACUUUAAGGACUCCGCAAGCGUCCACCUCUAUAAGCGGAAAGGAAACCGCCAGCUCUGCGAUAAUCACCGAGGCAUCUCCCUGUUCAACACCAUCGGAGAAAUCUUCACACUCAUUCUUCCCAACCGUCUGAACAACAACCUAGAACAGUGUCUCCUGUCGGAAAGCCACUGCGGCUUCCGCUGUCAUUGUGGGACCACAGACAUUAUCUUCGCCGCCCACCAACUGCAGGAGAAGUGUCAGGAGAUGCGGACCCACUUCCACUCUACCUUCAUAGAUCUGAAGAAAGUUUUGGACACGGUUAAUCGCGAAGGGCUGUGGAAAAUCAUGAAGGAAUUCGGCUGUCCCGAACGAUUCACUCAGAUGGUGUGUCAGAUGCGCGAUUGCAUGAUGGUGUGAGUCACGGACAGUUGAGCUGUCUCCGAGGUAUUCGCAGUGACCAACGGAGUGAAGCAGGGCUGUGUCCUUGUGCCUAACCUCCUCAGUCUCAUGUCCUCUGCCAUGCUGAUGGACGCCUACUGUGACGAACACCCCACGGUUCCGCGUCACCUACAGGACGGCCGACCAACUCUUCAAUCAGUGGCAGAUACACUUCCAGUCGUGUGUAUUCGCAACUUCCGUCCAUGA